AUGAAGGAGAUGACUCCCGACCCGGAUGUUCUGAAGGGUUCAGUUUUCCACCGCCUGAUCCAACGCGCGUUCCCAUAUGACUCUGUCAACUUCUUUCACCCAUUCUACACCGCCGAAACAAAUGCGAAGCUGGCAAAAGAACAGGGCUAUGAAGAUGUUUUCAAGUUCGAAAGCAAGGUCGAUAAAUGCGCCCCUGGAGAAUACAAGUACGAUUGUAUCGCGUUCCUACCAAAGAAGCCGGCAAACCCUGUACAUCUCAGCGACUACGCCGAAGUGAAAUCUGUGCUGAGGGAUGCGUCUGAUGACUUGGUAAAUCCGGCAUGUACAGACAGCGUCUGGUUCCCAAAGAAGGGUGCCGAAAUCCUCGUUCCCGGAAGGAUUAAAUCAAAACCGAAGUUGGCGAUAGACGUCGAUGCAAGGAUGGUUUUAGACUACUUCGCGGCAGUGACGAGGGAAGUUGUAAAGCGAGAAGUCAUCACAGUGGACGCGCAGCAACCAACAUACCAGAUUGAUGUCACCAGAGACCUGGCCAGACCCGUUAUUACACGAUACGUAGCAGAUCUUCUAGGUUUCACCCACCGGCUGAGGACGGAAAAGAACAAGCAUGGCAAAUUCUCGGUGAACGAGAUCUACCAGCACAUCCCGAACUGCCAAACCUUCCUCGCCUACGGUGCUGAUGAGACCAAAAUGCUCUCACGUCGCGCGGCCUUCAAAACGUCGAUGCAGUUUCUCUGUGACUUGGCGGAGAGUGGCAAUAUCAGAGCAGCAACUAACUUCUCGCUUUCGAACUUGUCCCCAUGGCAUGGUACAGAUGAUUGUCCUGAGACCAAGAUGAAAAGCUUUGGCAUGAAGAUAGCAAAGAGCGUGCUCGAGCAAGACAACGAUGCCGGCAGAGCUACCGCCACGCUUCUUUUGAUUGCUCUUGACGGUGCAUACAAUUUCGUCCUAGCGGUACUCUUCUCAUCCGUGCUUGAUUACUACAUCGAUGGCCUUUACAGAUAUGCGGAAGCAAAGACAGCCGAUGCCAAAACAGACCCGAGCACUUGCGAAUGGCUCAAAGUUCAGUCUGCCGCGUGGAAAGAUGAUCCUCCCAGUGACGAGGAAAUCAAGUCGUUUGUCCAGGAAGCUCAACGACUCAGCGCGAAACUUCCUGGGGUGCGAAAAGUGGCUGAACCUGUCACUGUGAAGGAUGCCGAGGGCAAAGAACGCUCGCUCAAGGAUGGUCGAAUAGUGAUUCGUGAUAUCUAUCGUGCCUCCCGUCACGAAGAUGAUUUCAGCAACCCCGACGACUAUCUAACCUACCGUUCCAGCCUCAGCCAAGGUCUCGUCGACUCCGACGCCAAAGAGACAGCCAUUCUCGGUCUCACAUCCAUGGUCAAAGUCCUCGCGCAGAUGAAGCAUCUCCGCCGAGGCCACGACACGCAAGGCAGGCUCAAGAAGGUCAAUAUCGACCAGACGUACGAAGGCGACGCAAACUUCAUGGCGCCUGACCGCUCGGAGAAGAUACGCUGCCAAGUUGAGAAAGCGAACAGCGAAGACGGAAACAAGAUAUUCGGGGAGAGGAUGUUGAAGCCGAGGACGGAGACGUAUCUGACGCCGGAGUGUGAUCAUCUCAACACCAGGGGGGGCCAACGGAACGGAAGUAUAACAUCCGUGCGCCAAGCCCCAGCGCUGAGGGAAAAUUUCCCGGAUUCAUACAGAACUCAAUCUAUAUAUAGGCACGGGAAGAUAUAA